GCCGAGAUAGUGACCUUAGGAGGAGGGACAGCCUGGGGAGGUGCUCCUGGUUGCCUUGCGGAGUAGAAGCCUUUGGCCAGAGUAUUGCUACAUUUUCACAAAUUGUAGGGCCACGUGACUUGUGGAGGACCGUGGGCACCCUUUCCUAAACCAGAGACACAUUUCAAUAGACCCUCUCUGGCUCACUGGGGAGGGGAGGUGGAGGACAGAGGCAGAAUCGGGGAGCCUCCUUGGAACCCAGCAGAGGUUGGUUAUUUUGUGAUACAGUCAUGGUGGGUAAAUCCGUUACCAGCCAAGUAUCUUCUGAAUGUCAAAUCCUGUUUAAUUUCACUUUCGCUUUGCUGAUCUGUAGCCUGUCUCAUACUGAGUGUCAAAGAGACACUGAGUGUCAAAGAAGGAAGUAAACAUCUUUGGCCAGAUUUAAUUUCUGACUGUGUUGGGAAGGGAAGUAACAUGAUGGGUGCAAGAUACACAGAAUGGAACAUCGGGGCUUGGACUCACGUUCCUCAUCUGUGAAGCCAGGGCAUUGCCUGAGUGGUCCAUAGGGUCCUUUCUGGCUCUAACAUUCUACACUUUUAGGAUUUUAAUUCCUGAUUGACAUUUGGCUAAGCAGAAGACACCCGAUUAGAGACCACCUAUUACCAUCUCUCUCUCUCUAGGGACGACCGGAGUGAGCACUGGCCUGGGAGUCUGAAGACUGUGCCUUCAGACCUACUUCGUCACUUACUAGCUGGCGACUUUGGUCAAUCAUCUAGUUUUUCCGGGCCUUAUGUUCCUUAUAUGUGACUACUAAGAGGCUACUAGAUUAGAGGAUUACAGAUCCUUCUGACUCUUAAUUUCCAGUGGUCAGAUUAAAAAUUAGUUUGCUAAUAAUGGCUAUGUUAAAGAGCUCUGACCUUGGAGUCAGUUUAUGGCUCCACAUCCAAGCUCAGCCACUCACUAGUUUUGCUUUUCACCCAACCCCUCUAUGCCGUGGUUUCCUUUUCUGUUAAAUGGGGAUAUCUGCUCUGUUUACCUCAGAGGGUUCUGUGAAGAUUAAAUGUGUGUGGGAGGACUUUUUAAACUUUAAAGUGCUAUAUACAUUUUAAGAGGUAUUACUUACUGCUUCCAUUGUUGGUCAGCUGAGAUAAAUCUUCGGUUUUUCCUGGAGCCUGGCUCUGGAGUGAAGAAGGUAGCUUGGCAGUUGACUUUGAGUCUUCCCGUUUUGCUGGGCAUUGGCAGUUCGGGGGGCAGAGCAGCCUUGGCAUGCCGUGGGGUGGAUUGUGUGUUUAUAGAAAAGUCUGGGACGUAAGCGAGGAAACGGGCCACAGCUCAGCAGAAGGGAGGCCGGUGGCGAGGAUGGAAUGGUGGAGAGGCAGGCUCAGGUGUGGCCUGCCAGGAGCUGCCUUCCCCACUUUUUUGGGGGGUAGCGUGGGGAAGAAGAAAAGAGCAAAUUGUUUAAAAAUACACGUGUAUAGAAAAUAGUAAAACUGUAAGGUUAUCUGUGUAUUGUUGGAUUCUGGGAAAUUCAUGUUUUCUCUAUUCUCUGUAUUUUCCAAAUUUUCUAUAAUGAAUAUGUAUUUCUUAGAAUAAAAUUUUUUUCUUUAAAAUUUGGAGGAAAUCGCUUUCUACAAAUGUGGGUUCAUCUUUUUCUGCUUAACCUUUUUUUCUCAUUUGAUUAAAGAACUAAUAAAAAAUUGUUUGAAAUUAGGAUAUGUCUUGUCUCCCAAAUCAAUGUUAGAUUUCUGUGCUUUUUACAUGCUUUCAUAGUUUGAAGUAGAUGGAAUGUGGAAAAACAUCUAUUUAAAUUCUUUGAAUUUAUUUUUUAAAAGUUGGAGUUUUAACUGGUUAAAAUUUUUUUGAGCACAUCAAAGUACUAAAAAAUUAGCAUGUACCCUAAAUCUGUUUUAUCACCCGUAUUUCAUUUAAAAAGCAUCUUAAAAAUAGGUUCUUACCAUUGACCUGUAAGCUCCACUUCUAGGAAUCCUAAGAAAUAACUGGAGGGUGGAGUGGUGGCUCAUGGCUGUAAUCUCAGCACUUUGGGAGGCCGAGGUGGGUAUCCACUGAGUACUUAUAAGACCUUUAGCACUUGUUUAGGGAAGCUCCGUAUGAGAAGGCGCCUGCCCAGGAUUAACCAAUGGAAAGCCGUAAUCGGCCCACUGCUGUGGGUAAGGGCCAGUGGGGAGUGGCAUCUCAAAUGCCAUUGGUGGUCAAGGCUGAGGAGGAUGAAGGCUAAUUAGGGAGAAAGGAUCUUCUCCACAUGGAGACGGUUCUUGAGCUGGCCUUGAAGAUGGGGAGGAGGCGGCUGAACCAAGGAAAAGGAACAACAGCCCGACUAAGGAGAUGGAGGUGGCAGAGAGCUGGGUGUGCUCCCGAGCUUGAUUGAAGUGAAGGCUUCAUCGUAGUGAGUGCGUUGGUGAAGUAAGCCCAGGACCAGAUCAUGGAGAACAUUAAAGGCUGAACAAAGGAGUAGAGAGCUGUUGUCAGAAGAAAUAAGAUCUAAUGCCAAGACCCUUUCAUUCUCAGCAGAUGAGCCAGAACUCUCUCUUUCACAGCUCAGCUGACAGACUCACCUGGAACUGCACCUGUCCUUUCUGCUACCUCAAUGAAAGCAUCCAUGGGUGAACCUCUGUGCUUUCCACUGUGUGUAUGAAAAUGCCUUCCAGUUUUGACCAUUUUAAACCAUUUUUAGUAUACAAUCCACUGGCAUUGUAUUAUGUGGAACUUCACUCACAAUGUUAUACAACCAUCACCACUAUCUAUUUCAAAAAUUUCUUACCACUCCAAACACACUCUGUGCCCAUUAAGCAGUAACUUCCUAUUCCCCACUCCCCCGACCCUGGGUAACCUCUCAGCUACUUCCUGUCUCUAUGCAUUUGCCUCCUUUACAUGUGUCAUGUAAGUGGAUCAUAUGGUAUUUGUCCUUUUGUGUCUGGCUAACUUCAUGUAGCUUAAUGUUCUCAAGGUUCAUCCAUGUUGUAGGAUGUGUUAGAACUUUACUAUUUUUAUAUCUCAAUAAAAUAUUACAUUGUAUGGGCAUACCACUAAAACAUCCUUUUUAAAUGAAAUGGCCAUAAUAGAGGGUAGCCUUUCUUUGUUUUUUAAUGAUCUCAUUUGAAAACUUAAAAGUUGUCAAUCUUAUUUCAGUGUUCCAGAAUUUUUUUGAGUCUUUACAUUUCAAUCAAAGCAAAGUCAGGGGACCCACAUUGUAGUGCAUGUUGCAUCCUUUGCAAUGUUCUGGUUCCUUCUGGCACCAUCACAAAUGGUUUGUAACAUGGAUUCAGUUAGGCUCAAAGGAUGCUCGCUGACAGCUGUCUUUUCUCCUUAUUCAUAUCUCUGGAUAACAUGGAAUUUUCCAUCAUGAGAAGUACCUUUCCAUUAUUUCUUUUAAUUGUAGAGCCUUGCACAGAAGUGAAAGGAUGCUUUUCUAAUGUGAUGCAAUGGCAAGGCAGAGAUGGGGAGAAAAGUACUUUACAACCAAAUAAGCAGUGGAAUGUGAGAAGCAGUGAGAACAGGGGCCAGUUAGAUUGGCUAAGUAGUGAACAGUUGGUCCCCAAAGAAUACUCUGCUCCACAGUGCUCCUAGCCAGCAGGCCUGGACUCUGGUGUGUUUCUUUAUGAGGCCAGGGCUCUCAUUAAUAAAAGCAAGAUCAAAAUAGAAAGUUGGCAGUAUUCCAACUCUGUGAAUAUAAAAAUGGAGGGUCAGACAGGUGAUAAAUCUUUAGUCAUCUAGGUCUACUUGGAAAAUGACUACUAGCUUUUUGUAUUUUUCACAAUUUUCCUAAGGCGGGUCCUAAAUCUCCUCUCCUCACUACCAGGAGUCCUUGUCCUUACCCUCUCUCUGGAGGCUGGGAUGAAUGAGGACUUAAAAGCUGUAUCUAUUUAACAGAGUGCAAAUAUGCAGUGUGGUAUGUGCUUGUCCUCACUCACUGGAGAGGCUGUAUGAGGAAAGACUGCCCAGCUAUACAGGAGAUUCACCACAACCACAUUCCUGGAGCUGUCGGAACAAUGGAAGAAGACCCUGCUGAAUUGGGCAAUCCGAUAUUGCAGUGUUCUAGGUACUUGGGAAUCAUCAGUGAACAAAACAAAGAUCCUGCCCUUGUGGACCUUAUGUGCCAGAGACAAUUGCAGCAUGACUUUCCCAGGGCCCUGAUUUUCAGCACGGAUGAUUUUUUCUUCAGGGAAGAUGGUGCCUAUGAGUUCAAUCCUGACUUCCUGGAGGAAGCUCAUGAAUGGAACCAAAAAAGAGCAAGAAAAGCAAUGAGGAAUGGCAUAUCCCCCAUUAUUAUUGAUAAUACCAACCUCCACGCCUGGGAAAUGAAGCCCUAUGCAGUCAUGGCACUUGAAAAUAACUAUGAAGUUAUAUUCCGAGAACCUGACACUCGCUGGAAAUUCAACGUUCAAGAGUUAGCAAGAAGAAACAUUCAUGGUGUCUCAAGAGAAAAAAUCCACCGAAUGAAAGAACGGUAUGAACACGAUGUUACCUUUCACAGUGUGCUUCAUGCAGAAAAACCAAGCAGAAUGAACAGAAGCCAGGACAGGAAUAAUGCACUGCCUUCCAACAAUGCCAGAUACUGGAAUUCCUACACAGAGUUUCCAAACCGGAGGGCCCACGGCGGAUUUACAAAUGAGAGCUCCUAUAACAGAAGGGGCGGUUGUCACCAUGGAUAUUAGAGGCCUAUCUUACAGCCAUGCAGAAUUUUCCGAAGUCAGUUUCUACUUCAAUUUUUGUUAUUCUUUGUUGCAUUUUAGUCAGAGCUCCAAUUCCAGUGUUAAAUAGCUGAACUCAAACGUUUCUGAGCAAAGUCAUUAUAUUCAUUAUCUUCACCAAAAUUUGUUAAAGUGCUUCUAUAUGCAUGGUCUGAUGCUGGGAAUUCUGCAGAUUUGAGUCAACAGGCUCUUUCUCUAGGGUAAGAAUUUGAAACCAAAACUUGAGAACACACCCAAGAACAUAAUUAUUUACAUAGGUUCAUAGAUGAAAUAAAGCGUUUAUAUUAUAUAUAAGCUUCAGUACCAUUUUCUCUGAAGUGAUCUAUUUAUUUUUUCAGGAAAUUCAUCUCCAUCAGGAAAGUUGGGAAGGUGGAGAAAAGUGGUGGGGGGGCAGGAAAAGUUUUAGCACCAUUGCUAUUUUGAUAAUCUAUGUAUCUAAAAAUGUGAGAUGUGCGACUCUAUGAUACUGAUUUUCCUUUAAUGUUAAUAUGCCAGAAAGUAUACAUCUGGGAACAACGUCCUUCAAAGUAGACACUUUGGGAAGUUAUUCCUUUAUUUUAAUGAUGUAUCAUUGUUAAAAAUACUGUCAAAUCCGUAAUAGCUAUAGGAGCUACUGAGGGAAAUCAGUAUCAUUAUUUAAAGUCACACCUUGUGUUUUUACUACUUUAUUCAGGAGGAUUAAACCUGAAUAACUUUUGGCUGUUGUGCUAAUAGUGUAAAUAAAAUAAGCCUGCCUUCAUAAAACACUAACUUUUAAAAGGAAUAGCUAAAUGACUUCUAAAAUUAUGCCUAUUAACAUGUGUAAUUAGUUGGCAGCUCAAAUGUUUGGGAGUGCAAGAAAUUAGGCACCCCAGGAUAUAGGUCAUACAGGGAUAUAUAAAAGCCAUGCUCAUUACAAAAUGAGCAGUUGAUGUUUUAUGUGGCAUUAAGACAAUCAAGUCCUCAUAACUCUGGAAUGUCUUCUUAUACUGAUGCUGAAUUUAUGAAUCCAAAUCAAUUUCCGACAGGUUGGAAUCAGAUUUAGCGUGAGAUCACGAUAGACAAGACCACAGAGGACGUAUGCUCUACUUCUUGUUGGCCAACAGCUUCUUUCUAAUGUUCUGUGAAAAAUUAUUUUAAGUGUCCUAUAUAAUGGUGCUUUUUAUGGUUAUUAAAAAUUGUAAAUGGUAUCACAUUUAUAUGGAUUUGUCAUUGGAUCUUUUUUUGAUUCAACAAUAAAAAAAUUUAAUUACCUAAAUGCCAAGAAACUCAACAAUAUACCAGUUUUUCUGUAUCACAGGCUUAUUUACCGGUCUUUUUUUUAAUAAAUAGGGAUCAUAAAGGUAAUGACAAAAGCAACCUUAUAAUUUAGUUGCUUAUAUAUUUGAUCUGUGUACAUGAGACUGUUUUAACAUUAUCUGACACUACUGAAACCUGCUCAACAUCUCCCUGACUACCAGCAACACGUAUGUAAUGUUUUCUUCAUUAACAUUUUAAAAACUGGUAUCUCCUUUAAGUUUGGCUGACAAUAGUAAAUAACAAUGAAUCUAAGGUGUUAUCAGUUUUGCUAAAUUCUGUAUCUCCAAGCAUAACAUACAAUAAUCUCCUAAUGAUCCACUUAACAAUGCUCCCAUCUUCCAGGCCCAGGUGGUCCUGGGUAUCUUGGUUGAUAGGGUGGUGGCACAACCAGCUCAAUAUGGAUGGCUUGACUCAUCUGGGCUAGUAGAGGGGAGAAAUGUCAGAGAGCCCAAAGUGGAAAUUACCCUCCUUUGAUUUCACAGGAGCGGUUCAAAGGACCAGAUUCAAGCCCUCCUGACUUGGCUGGCUCCCUGCUUCAGGGUUUUGGGCUCACCUGGGCUAAGUGAGUGACCACUAGGGUUAUAUAACUUUUAUAGAGCUCUAAAGAAUAGUUUCCUGGCCUAUUUAAUGUCUCUUCUUCCCCUAGCUGACCCCUGAAAUAGUUGGUCUGUAAACCAUAAAAAUUGAUCAGUGCCAUCAACGUUAUCCCCUAUAGAAGUGAUCUGUUUUUCCUUUCAACUCCCAUGGCUCCUGAUUUGUAUAACUCUUUGAACACCCAGUAUUGACUUGUAUUGUGUUCACUGUCUGCAUCAUUCAUAAAGCUGGCAAAUGCUCUUUAUGUGCAAUAGGAUCUCAUUAAAUGAUUGCUGAAUAAAUAACACAGAUUUUUACCAUUA